GGUCAGCCUUGCACAUGCCAUUUAUUCUCACGACUCCAAUCCCGUCCAUGAAAUUUCAGGCCACCGCCACCUGUAGUUCACCAUCACAUCAACAUCACAAACAUACACUAUCAUGGCGGUCCUCGGCAAGCGAAAGGCGCCUGCGCCUAGCAAAGAGGAGGAGAUCGAUGCGGAAGAGAUUCUGCGCCGACAUUUCGAAGCCCGAUUCGCGCCGUUGGAGACACCCACUGCGCCUGCGGUCGCAAAUACCGACGAGCACACCACCAACGAGGUGGACGACAACGACGACGAUGCAGAGCAAGACGAGGAUGACAGCGCCGAGGACGAAUGGGGCGGUCUUUCCGACGAUGCAAUUAGCGACUCGGAUGAGGACUCGGAAGAUGAUUCCGAGGAGGUCGUAGAAGUCGUCGACCACUCGACAUCCCAACCGUCAAAAUCACAGACCAUGUCCAAGCACGAGCUUCGCGCAUUCAUGUCCUCAAAAGCGCCAUCCUCUGAACCCAAGAAACAACCACCCCCACCCUCGACCAAAUCAAAGACACUACCCGAAGACGCCCCCUCGCUCCUCGCCAAUGAUCUCGAGCUUCGACGCCUUCUCUCCGAGUCACACCUCCUCGCCGCCCCUAAAUCGUCCGCCUUUGCCGAACCGAAACCUUUUACUAGCGGCAAGGUGCGCAAAAAAGCGACCGAUAUGCGCGUGCAGGCGCUGGGCUCCAAGUCCAGCAUCCUCACGCAAGACAAUGUGCCCAUGGCGAUCAGGAAGGGUAUGAACAGUGCACGCGAGGAACGGGAGGCCAAGAGGAGGAGGGAGGCCAAGGAGAAUGGUAUCAUCUUGGAGCGGCCCCAGAGCGGCAAGCAAAAGGAGCGCAAACGGGACUUUGGUAGUGGUGUGGAUCGGCCUGGCGUGGGCAGGAUGAAGGGCGCACAGUUGACAAUCUCGGAUAGGGAUAUUCAACGAGUGGAAGGCUCGCGGGAUGUCUUUGGUCGCAGCGGCAAGGCCGGGGGCAAACGUCGUUGACGGCCUCGAUAGAUGAUAUCACAUGGAAGGCAAGGGGGGAUAUGGACGAGCAUGAGCAUCAAGUUUUUUUUCGCUUUUCUUUUCCAUCUGUCACGCCACCUGCCCCGGUGACAGACUUUCUGCAUCAGCCAUCGUGCGGUAAGUGCAGUGAUAUAUACACGUUGCUAUACUUCCUCUUUUAGACCUCUAUCUCUCAAGAGAUCAAACCCGCGCCUCGUUCCGAUGCCCCAAGAUCACGGAAAA